ACAUGGCCAACUUAUUACUACCUAUAAAAAAUCAUACAAAUUUUGUUCACAAUGACCAGAUUUGGAAAGAUCAUAUUGGACAUGAAAUAACAUCUCAGAGGAAGAAAUGGCCAGAGAGAUGGGGAUACUUAGUGCAAGAAUAUAAAAUUCUGAACAGACAGCUCAUGGGUCAAGAUGUGAGACCCAAAUCAAGUAAAGGCAGUGGAUCUUCAACAACAGGCCUCAAACUCCCUCCCAUCCACCCGUCACAGCAUCCAAAGGGGUUCCCUGUGACCACCUCACAACAGAUUGGCUGGAAGUCUGCCCGUAAAGAAUGUCAGUUGGAAAUCUAUGGGCGCUAUGGCCCUGGGCCUAAAUCCAGGGGCCAGAACGGAAUUUUGAAACUGUUGAAGUGGCCCCAAGAAGGCUCUCCUUGAGUUCCAUUUCCAAUGUUUAUGAAAUUUUAUCCACAGAAAUUUUUUUAAUCCAUAAUUUUGUUAAAUUUAGAAUUAUU